CGACGAUGUUGCUGUGGCUCUGACGUCAUGGCGGGGCGCUAUAACGAAGCCGACGGACUUCCAAUAAAAGUCGGUGCAUCCCAAUGCGUCUGCUCCAAGACUGUUCCUGUUGCUGUUCUUCUGAAGUGGACCUGUGUAGAGACACAACGAUGCAGACCCAUAAACAGGACCUCUCGUCUCUUCUGAUUGCUGUGGGAACUCUGUUGUCCGGAUUGCAUGGUGCUAAAUGGGCGUACACUGGUCCCGACGGUGAGCAUCAUUGGUCCAAGCACUACCCGUUCUGUGGCGGAACAUUCCAGUCACCCAUAGACAUCCAGACCCAGCUGAUGAGGUUUGACCCCACGCUACGGCCAAUCGAGCUCCAGAACUACAACCUCUCAGCCAAUGAGCAGCUGACCCUCGGGAACAAUGGACACUCGAUUCAGCUGUCCCUGCCCAGGAGGAUGUAUGUCUCCAGCCAGACUCAUCGAUACACUGCUGCUCAGCUUCACUUCCACUGGGGCUCCAGAACACCUCCCGUCGGCUCAGAACACACCAUCAAUGGCAGACGGUUCGCUGCCGAGAUGCAUAUGGUGCUCUUCAACUCAGACAAGUACCCCAACAUCUCUGUGGCAGCAGACAAGUCAGACGGCCUGGCUGUCCUGGGAGUUCUGAUAGAGGUCGGGGAAUUCAACCCAGCGUUCAAUCAGUUCCUCAAGUACAUCAAUGGUAUUAAAUACAGAGAUCAGAGGGUGCAGGUCCCAGCCUUCAACAUCCGCAGUCUGCUGCCUGCACUCCUGGAUGAGUACUAUCGUUACGAUGGCUCGCUGACCACCCCCUGCUAUCCCAGCGUACUUUGGACUGUGUUCAAAAACCCUGUCACCAUCUCACUCAAACAGUUUCUGGCCCUAGCAACCAUCUACUCCUCCCACCAACAGGAGUUGGCCCCGGUGGCCAUGAACAGCAACUACAGGAAACCACAGGACACUGACAACAGAGUUGUGCUCUGCUCUUUCCAGGGGGUGAGUAUGGGUGCUACUCAGACGGUCACCUCUCCGUUCCUGAGGAGGCAGGUCAUCAACCAGCUGUUACAUGGAGACCUGGCAGACCAGGAUGAGCUCAACCAGCUGUUACAUGGAGACCUGGCAGACCAGGAUGGGCUCAACCAGCUGUUACAUGGAGACCUGGCAGACCAGGAUGAGCUCAGUGCUGCCCAAGAAGCCCAGAGCGCCGGGAAAGAAGUGGGAAUGACCUCAAAAACCAUCAGAAAAGCUGGACAGAGCCAUAUUGGGUCCAAGCACCACCAGAACAGCUGGUCUCAGACCCAGAACAGCCUCAAGCAGCAGUGGCUGAAGUCCAAUAAGGUGCCAUCUGUGGGUGUAGGAGCUGCCAGACUAGUCCCCUCUUCCUGGAAGAACCAGCAGAACAGGCAACCUGUGUGGAAGUCAGAGCUCAACCUGCGCAGCUACCUGGGCUGUAAAUCUGACCUGGCUCUGCUCACCGUCAGACAGCUUCUCCGUGGGAGAUCAGCCACAGAUGAGGCCCUGGAGCUGGACCAGGCCAUUGUCAAGGCCUUAGGGGGGAGGAGGACAGGGCAGACCAUAGUGGGACAGAGAGGGUCAACAAAGAAGCAACAGACAAACACCUUCUCCAUGCACCAAACAGGCUUCGCUCCUGCCCCUGCUGCCGUGCCUAGGAAACCCAAUCAGCCGAUCCCAUGGCUCCAGCCUAUGGAGUGGGAGGACUAG